UGACGAUAAUUGCGGAGCUGUACAGCAACAAAUAUGCAGCUCGUAAUAAUUAUUAAUUUACUUCUUUUUUUCACUUUUGUGGAUCUUCAUACACUACAAAUUGAAGACACAAAGUGUCGUACAGAUGCUUAUCCUGGACCAACCACAGACAAAGUGGACGAUGUUGUGAUAAACCUUGAUUUAGAACCAGAAGAAAGAUGGAAAGACAUCACAAGGAGAAUGAAACCAGAGUUGCUCCAACUUCUGCAAGAAAUAAAGAACUUUACAAAUUUCAUCUUGAAAGGAAAAUUGUUUAAUUACAUCAAUGAAUAUCUGCCUUAUAUUGCGACUACUUUACCGGAGCCGUAUGGACGUGAAUUAAAAGGAAUAGCGGCCGCAACCGAAAUUCCUCUUGGUGAGAUAGUUCUAUACAACAUAUUUUACGAAGUAUUUACCGUAUGUACAUCGAUUGUAGCCGAGACUCCUGAAGGGAAACUUUACCAUGCUCGAAACCUUGAUUUUGGGCUGUUUCUUGGAUGGGAUGUUGCUAACAAUACAUGGGCAUUGUCCGAAGCUCUUCGCCCGCUUGUCAUGAACUUUCACUUCCAGCGAAGUGGAAAAACAGUUUACGUCAUUACAGGAUUUGCAGGUUUUGUUGGUGCCAUUACUGGCAUGAAACCGGGUGUAAUUACAUUGACAAUGAAUGAACGCUUUGUUCCCGAUGGCGGAUUUGUUGGACUAUUUGAAUGGCUCAUUAUGGGAGAAAGAGAUUCACACUGGGUGACUUUCUUGGCAAGAGAUCUUCUUGAUACGGCAACGAGCUUUGACGUUGCCUCGACUGCCCUUUCUAACACCAAAAUAUUGGCACCAUGCUACUAUAUUCUUGGUGGCAACAGCUCCGGUCAGGGAAUAAUUAUAACACGUGAAAGAACGAAAUCGAUGUACCCGAUGAGUAUGAGUCAAACUAAGGCUGGCUGGUAUGUGUUGCAAACAAACUAUGAUCACUGGAAAGCUCCACUCAUCGUCGAUGACCGACGCACACCGGGAAAGGCUUGCAUGGAUGAAAUGACGCAAAAGAAUGUUGGUUUUGAAGGUUUAUACAAUGUCCUGUCUACGAUUCCUGUUUUGAAUAAGCUAACGACGUACACUGUUUUGAUGCAAGUUAAUUCUGGUAAAGUGGAAACAUAUCGUCGAUAUUGCAAGGAUCCAUGCUUUCCUUGGUGACGUAAUUAAAAGUACGUGUUUGCCCACGGGGGUUAAUUUGUUGAACCGAUAAUGUACGUUUACAUAUAUAGCUAAUAUUUGAAAUAUACGUGUCAAAAUUCAGCACGACCGCACCAGCUAACAAUAAUUACCAUUUAACAUUUAGCAAAACCUGAAAUAGACUGCACCGAUCGUAUUUGUCACAUUUAAUUAACAUUUGGGCAUUAAAUUAUUAAAUUUAUGACGUAUGUCGCAGUAUAGAU